GACUGCUGAUUUGGAAACCAUCACAAACCUGGUCCUACAGCCUAGCUGGUCUGCUUUCUGCUUUAUUUAUCUAUUACUAGUUAUUUGAAUUGAACUUUUAAUAACCUGCCAGCUGCUCUUUAGACACACAUGGUGCAUUGUUGUCAUUCCCAGAAUCACAUCUUUGAAAUCCAGGACCUUGGUAACCUUCUUCAAACAAAGAGGCGACCUCAAGGAUAAUAUCUGCAGGAGGACUUUUCAAACCUACCGCCCUCUAGUUUCUCUUCUGCCUCUGCCCUCUUUCUAGAACAUUAUGGAACCCACAAUGGAGUCCUGCUUGAUGCAGGUCCUGCAGAAAGAUGUUGGGAAACGACUUCAGGUUGGCCAAGAACUGAUAGAUUAUUUCUCAGAUAGACAGAAAUCUGCUGACCUUGAACAUGAUCAGACCAUGCUGGAUAAAAUGGUUGAUGGUCUUGCUACCUCGUGGGUAAAUUCCAGCAAUUAUAAGGUUGUCCUGCUGGGCUUGGACAUCUUAUCUGCACUGGUGUCACGGCUUCAAGAUAGAUUUAAAGCUCAAAUUGGCACAGUGUUACCUAGUCUAAUUGACAGACUGGGAGAUUCAAAAGACUCCGUACGAGAGCAGGAUCAGGCCCUGCUGUUAAAAAUCAUGGAGCAAGCUGCUAGUCCCCAGGUUCGUGAUGCAGCAAUAAAUAGUCUUGUAGAAAUCUACAGACAUGUAGGUGAACGUGUAAGAGCUGAUCUCAGCAAAAAGGGAUUGCCACAGUCUCGGCUGAACAUCAUUUUUACAAAAUUUGAUGAAGUCCAGAAAUCAGGCACCAUGAUUCAAGGAGCUGGUG